AUGUCAUGGAAUUUUUUUGAUUCUUGGAGUUCCAAAAGAUCCCCUCAUAAGCAAAUAGAAUGCUCAGAAAAUGACUACACACAACAGGAAUCUAAGUGCAAAAAGAGGUAUAAUAAAUGACAAACUUGCACAGACACAAGAGGAUUUAAUGAUCCAACAUGUAGGGAGCAGCUGCUAGAAAAGUAUUAUGCAUGUGUGGAAUAUACAUAAAAUGGCCAGAGACGAGCGACCCGUCCUCCCGUGGCGGGUGACCUUAUAUAUACCGGAUGUGGUUUUUGGGUGCGGAGAGCUACUCAAGGGAAGGGCUAGUCUCGAGGCGAGAGACCCAGCACAAUUUCCGCUGAUUUUGUGGCCUGACCCGGGAAGCAGUUUUUCGCAUCUUUUUUGCCAGUAGCGCGAGGCCCAGACUCGGUGUUCGAAAGAGGCAGAGGAAUUACCUGCCUAAGCUACUUUGUGGCUUCGCCCCGAAUCCCGUAAGGGGUUCAGUUUUUUCUUGAAAAAGGGAAGGCGAGGCUCGACUUAGAACCUCAAGGGCACAAGUCUCUCCAGUUAAAAGGGUCCCGAUCAAAAGGGGCGAUCUGAAGAAUGGAAAAAGGCAGUGUUGGCGUCAACUUGGGCGACACAGCGAGUUGGAAAUGGAGGCGGUCAGCUAAGACAGUUGACUGUCCCUUGACCUCACCUCUACCGAGAAACCGGGGGUUUCGGCCGGGCUUGCUGUGGGUACGCUCUGCCACCCUGCGGGUAGAAACCGCGGCAUGCAGUCCACAAAGUAGGGACUAUAAAUACCCAGCUAACUAACUAUGCAUGUGUGGAUAGAAUGAUUUUGAUGAAGAAUUUUCUUGAAGAUAAAUCAUUAAGCUAA